AGUUGAGCAAACAGAUGAGCAGAAAUAAGCAGCGGGCCUCUGCUCCACUCUUUACUCUGCUGUGAAAUAGAAUGAGAUCACAGAUACAACCGUGCAGUAUUCAGGAACAGAGCCAGUAUCACAUGGUGCCAAGAUGCGACUGUCAUCUGGGCCCUCGUGAUUAACCGUCCCUAUGAAACUGCGUACGUUUUGCAUACAAGUGUAGGAUAUUCCUGAUCUCCUUUGUGGAUAAGCAAAACUACUGGACUUGGAAGAAGAUUUGGACAAAUUGAAAAUGCCAGCUAGAGAAGCCUUUGUGACUCUGGUCACCACAGACUCCUACUGCAUGGGAGCCACAGUGGUGGCCAGAAGUUUGCGGCGACAUGGUACAACUCGCCGCAUCGUCGUCAUGGUCACACCAGACAUCUCCGAGCACUCAAGGUUUGCCCUUGAGAACGUGUUUGAUGAGGUUAUCACGGUGGAUGUGAUGGACAGUAAGGACCGCCUCCAUCUAUCUUUGCUGGGACGUCCUGAGCUCGGCAUCACCUUCACAAAGAUCCACUGUUGGACUCUGACCCAGUACAGCAAAUGUGUCUUCCUGGACGCUGACACACUUGUGCUGAGUAACGUGGACGAGCUCUUCGAGAGAGACGAGCUGUCGGCAGCUCCUGAUCCCGGCUGGCCCGACUGCUUCAACUCAGGCGUGUUCGUCUUCAGACCGUCCCUCCUCACCCACACCAGGCUGCUGGAUCAUGGCCUGCAGCACGGCAGCUUUGACGGAGGAGACCAGGGUCUGUUGAACUCUUUCUUCAGUAGCUGGCCGGUGGCAGACAUCAGUAAACACCUGCCGUUCGUCUACAACCUCAGUGCCAGCUCGCUCUACAGCUACCUCCCUGCUUUCCAACAGUUCGGCCAUAACGCAAAGAUUGUCCACUUUGUGGGAGCAGUGAAACCCUGGAGCUCACACAGGGAUGACAGCAGCUCGCCCACCAUGGAGGAGUUUGUGUCUCUGUGGUGGAGGGAAUACCUCAGUCACACAACAUCAUCUGCUCCAGUGAACCACACCAGUCAAGACCGGGAGAAAUCACAACAGAUCCAAGAACGAGAAGCCGAGAUGCCGUUUAGAAAAAACUUGGACAGCUCCAAUUCUCUGCUUGCACACUUUUCUCCUUCUUCUCGGAGUCUUCGUUCACAGCCUGAAACAAAGACGGUGCAGCAGGCAGAUGUUUUCAGUGAAACACCUCCAACAAACCCACCACACACAGAUGAGCAGAGUUCUCACACAGAUAGCACAAUAACGGAGGGAGAGCCGAAAUCAUCUGAGAAGAAAGAGGAUCCAGUUUUGGGAGACGAAGGACUCAAGGGAAGCGAUGGCACUACAACGACACAUCCUCUUCCUAGGGCAGCUGACAGAGAAACAGAGCAGCUUGAGCGUCGCCGGAGGUGGGAGGCCGGACAGGUUGACUACUUGGGCAGAGACGCCUUCAAGAACAUCCAGAAGAUGCUGGACAGCUUCCUGGUUGAGAGGAAACACCUGUAGCUUAAAUAUAAGUUUGUGCAUUUGUUAGUUUCCAUAUUCAGUUAAGCAGAUAUUAGUCUGAACAGCCUGGUUGACUUUCAAGGCUGGACUUUUGCAGUUUGAUUGAUGUGUCUUUUAUAUCCUAAUGUUUUAUAUCUUUAAAGCCCCUAUAUGUAGCCCAUAAUGGUACGCUUCCCAUCAAUAUUGAUCUACACAAUCCAUAUUUAAAUAUUAUUUAUGCUACCAUUCAAAGGUUUGGGGUCACCCAGGUUAUUUCAUGUUUUCCAUGAAAACUAACUCAUGUAUUCAUGUGCUAACAUAACUGCACAAGGGUUUUCUAAUCAUCAAUUAGCCUUUCAACACCAUUAGCUAACACAAUGUAGCAUUAGAACACAGGAGUGAUGGUUGCUGGAAAUGUUCCUCUGUACCCCUAUGGAGAUAUUCCAUUAAAAAUCAGCCGUUUCCAGCUAGAAUAGUCAUUUACCACAUUAACAACAUCUAGACUGUAUUUCUGAUUCAUUUAAUGUCAUCUUCAUUGAAAAAAACCUGCUUUUCUUUCAAAAAUAAGGAUAUUUCUCAGUGACCCCAAACUUUUGAAUGGUAGCGUAUGUCGCCCCUAAUGAUACGACUCCCAUCAAUGUUGAGGCACACAGUAAGAAUAACCUAGUUUUCCUUUAUGACGAUCUACACAGUCCAAAUUUAAAUAUUACAUAUAACAAAAAUUCUACAUAUAGGAGUUUUAACACUGAUGUUUGUGCCACUGUCGAUAAACUGAUUUAUGAGCUGAGCUGAAUUGAGGAUGAAAAUGCUAGAAACCACCAUUAAGGGCUAUUAGUCCUGAAACAGUCUGGUUGGUAAAGUGUCGUUAAGGUGGACUUUUAAAUUUAACAGCUCUUGUGCUGUUAGAAGUUAACUCCAGCUAAAACCCACUGCCAGAUGUGCUAUUAUUUUUGCUUUUCUUGACAUCAAUUUCCAUCUAAAUACUUUCUCUGAUUUUUUACUCAGCUUGUGGCUUCCAGAUCCAAGUCAUUUGGUUCCAACUAAAGGUACAAAACUUUAAAAACCUCAUGAAUGUACAACUUUGCAAUUUUUGCUCGAACUAGAGGAAAUAUUACUUUUUUAGGGUGACUUAAUUCAGUGGUUAAAUAAUGGGAAAAUGUUUCUACACCUAAUUUAUUGACACUAAUAAAAAUAGAAAGUAUCGCCACACUCGUCCUUCUUUUAUACUGAAUUAUUGAAGAAUUAUUUACACUAGAGAAACUAAUUUAUUUGGUGUUGUACCACACACAGAGAAAAUACUCCCACUCAAGGCUUCUUUCCUCUGGUUGUAAUAUCGCUGUUUACACUCUUAUUAAUGCUACUCUCUGAUGCUUUUAUUAAACUGAUUGCAAACUUGAUGCAACGUGAAUAGUUUGACAAACUACUACUUAAACCCACUGCAGUGGCAAAAACAUUCAUCUUUAAUCAGUUUUGCGGGCAACCUUUUAUGCAAUUGCAUACAGCUGAAUAAAACCAACAUAUUAGAGGAUAUUUUUAGCUCCCUGUUUCAAGCACUGACUCAAACUCUUUGACUUCCUGUUACAAUACCUAUUAAAUCAAGAUGUUCA